UGGCGCGUCAACCACCAGCAACCAUCUGUUCUAAUCCGAAUCAACCCUAUUAUCCACAAUCCGCAUCAACCCACCGUCCACAAUAUAGUAUUGUACUGCUUCAAUACCCACAUUAGAUUCUGCCAUAAAACCGCCAUUUUAAUUUCACUGUUGGUCACUCGUCACUUCAACCCUGCUACCAAUAGCACCUCCAUAACUUAGGACCAGUGGUCAGCCGGUAUAAUGGCACACAACUCGGAUACUAUUCCUCGUAAAAUGGGCAACUACUGGUUAGAAGACCGACUUGGGUCAGGCUAUUCGGGCUCUAUCUUCAAGGCAUAUCACAUUCACGAUGGUACUUCCGUUGCGCUCAAAGUACAAGACGUCGACCACGAGUGCCCAACAAAUCGCUAUGAGCAAGCCAUCUAUCCUCUACUGCAAGGAGGAGAGGGCAUGCCUCGGUUAUGGGCGAGCGGUAUAGAGGGAAAAUGGCAUUAUCUAGUCAUAAGUCUCCUCGGAAAGAGUCUGGAGAGUAUCUACCGACAAAAUCUGCAGUGGGGGAACCCGAGGAUGGAUCUUCGCAGUGUAUGCUCUAUUGCGAUCCAGGUGAUCGCACGCUUACAGAUCAUGCACAACCGUGAAGUUCUGCAUCGCGAUAUACAGCUUGGGAACUGUGCUAUCGGAUUGACACCUGAAGAAGAAACCAUCUAUAUGAUUGACUUUGGAGAUUUCUUGGGCAACUACUGGUUUACGUCUGUUAACGUGCAUUGUAAAGGCAAAGUACCAUCUAGGCGAGAUGAUCUCGAGGCCGCCGCACUGAUGUUCAUACAUCUUCUUACGCCUGGAGGACUCUCGUGGACACGGAACGCGAAAAAGAAUGCUCAACCUGAAGACCUGUGCAAGGGAAUACCUUCUGAGUUUGAGGAGUUCCUGCGGUAUUGCAGACGGCUGAAGUUCUUUGACUGUCCUGAUUACGACCACUGGAAGGACGAGUUCCAGGCGCUCGCACAGGACAGUGGCUUCACCGAUAUUGAGCGCUUUAAUCUGGCCACCACCACCAGCUCCCAAGUUUGGGUUUAUUCGAUUUUGUUUCAGGCUCAACCUCAAGUCGCGCGGACUGCUCCUACACGGCCCGCGAUUGAUGCAGAUGAGAUGGAGAACGUCCUGAAUGACUUGGCCAAGCUCCAGCUCAACCCGCCUCGCCCGAUACUUGGGGACCAAACUAAUGUCCCUGCCCCUGCGCGAAAAGAUGACGCUAAAAAGCGUAGCGAAAUCAUAUCCGUAAGCGACAGCUCCGAGGACGAUAGAUUGAAGCCAAAUGGUCAACCCCUUCCACCCCGCACUCCCGUACGAACGAAGAAAGCCAGUCAGCUGCAGAAACUCAAGCUUUCGGUCCUUGAUUCAACGGAUAACGCUGCUCUUGCAGUCGCCGUGGAAGAGUUCACGAAAUUCCUGCAACUGGGCUCAAGGACGCUCACUAAGGAGGGUUUCGCCUUCCUGGAUGCGCUGUACAAACAGCUCGCAGACCCUUCGAUAUUCGUACACCCGCUUCGGACUUUACGAAGUGCUAAUCGAGAGGACGAUCGAGCCCCCCAACCAGCGCACGUGAAGUUGGGCGUGGUUGCAAGGCUUCGUCGAGAAGUAGGAACUGCAUCGAGUAAUAGGGUGCUUGCGAAUCUCGUGGCUGACUUUGGCGCUAUUACCAACAAGAGUAGUGGCAGGACUAUCACCAAGGAUGGGUUUGCGUUUUUGGAGGGACUAGCUGCGAGGCUACAGGCGUUAAAUUAGAGUGCUGGAAGGGAGUACUUGCGUUUACCAGGCCCCCUUCAUUAGUGAGACUGGAGUGUUCUAGCGGAUUGUUAUGCCUCACACGCACGGCCUUGUUGCCUGAAAUCUCACACUCAUGUCUUGGAUUUUGACAAUAUAUAUAUAUACAUAGCAAUUUGCUCCUGCCCCAUAUCGCAACAUGUUAAUAUGAUUCGAACAUCUCGUGAAUGAAGCUUAAACGUUUGUAAACGCUUA